UUUGAUUGUUUACGAUUCACAGUUCGUCUGCUGCUGCCGACCGCCUGGGUCGUUUGGCCAUUGACGAUCCUUUUACGAAAACGAUCUUUUUUGCACUAUUUUUACAUUAUCUCGCAACGUAGUGCCAUUUCUUCAUUGUCAACUGGUAAUGGCGCAGCUGCCAUUUGACUACCGCUAACCAGGCUCGUGGGCUCAUCGGAUUGAAAUCGCUUUUUCAUCCACGACAUCGUUUUCGACUCUGAGCAAAUUGAUCCGAAGACUUGGCAUUGAUCAGUCACACCGUCGAAUGACGACUGUGCAGUGCCUGGUGAACGCCGAUGGCUGGCCAAGUGGUCCGGCUGUAAUGCCAACGCCCCUGGCGCCGUAUUCCAGUUUUGUCGUCAUCAUCGACACGCUAGUGGUGGUGGUCGCCGCCGCUCGCCCGCCCAGCCGGUUUGAAUGACUGAAACAAUAACUGAACCAGUUGCACUUUCAAGAUGGUCGUCAACGGAGGUAACAGUCAACAGCAGCAGCCGGCACCUCCGCCUCCGCCGGACGUCAACAACAUCAUGGGCGGAAUCGAGCAGACGGUCGGAGUGCGCAUGCACAAUCACCGACGCAAAUUGCGUCAACGGUUCGAUUUGGUGCGUAAACUUGGACAGGGAACGUACGGCAAAGUUCAAUUGGGCAUCAAUAAAGAGACGGGCCAAGAGGUGGCCAUCAAGACGAUCAAAAAGGCGAAAAUCGAAACGGAAGCGGAUUUGAUUCGCAUCCGCCGCGAGAUCCAGAUCAUGUCUUCCGUCCGCCACCCCAACAUCAUCCACAUCUACGAAGUCUUUGAGAACAAGGAGAAGAUGGUCCUCGUCAUGGAAUACGCGGCCGGCGGCGAGCUCUACGACUACCUCAGCCAGCGCAAAGUUUUAUCGGAAACGGAAGCCAGACGGGUCUUUCGCCAAGUCGCAUCGGCCGUCUACUAUUGCCACAAGCACAACAUUUGCCAUCGAGAUUUGAAACUGGAAAACAUUUUGCUGGAUGAAAACAAGACGGCCAAGAUUGCCGAUUUCGGAUUAUCCAAUGUCUUUGACGACCGGCGACUGUUGACGACAUUCUGCGGCAGCCCGCUCUACGCCAGUCCGGAGAUUGUGCGCGGAACGCCGUACCAUGGACCCGAAGUGGAUUGUUGGUCGUUGGGUGUCCUGCUCUAUACGCUCGUCUACGGAGCCAUGCCUUUCGACGGGUCCAAUUUCAAACGGCUCGUCAAGCAGAUCUCGUCCGGCGAGUACUACGAACCACCCGACAAGCCAUCAACUGCUUCGCCUUUGGUUCGUCACAUGCUGCUCGUCGAUCCGGCCAAACGGGCCAACGUCGAAGACAUUUGCUCCCAUUGGUGGGUCAACGAAGGUUACGGCGAAUCGUGUCUGGAAGUGGCUGAAGAAUUGGCCAACCAGACGCCUGUCCGGCUCGAUUUACUUCUGUCGCUCGUUCCACCACCAGAGUCGACUGAGACGGUCGUCGUCGACAGCGCCAAAGCGGAUCCAUCCGUAACUGUGGGAAAGGAAGGCGAUUCGAUGAACGAGUAUUACUCGGCAGCGGAGCCGAUGGCCUCGUCCGACGCUGCCAAAUCGGGUGGCGUCAAGAAGAAGAAAGAAAGUCCGGGCCAGGCCGGCAAAGAAGUCGACAAGGCGUCGACGAUCAAGAGACGCCGAGCGGAAACGGGUGAAAUCAAAACAGCUGACGAACUGAUGACGGAGGACGGCGGUGCUUGUCGGCCGUCAGCUGAUUUGGACGCUCAAAGCUCAGCGGGACCAAGUCCCAUCGACGACUCGGGCAUCCAGACGUCGAUGCGUGAGGAAGACGUGACAGCAGGCGUCCAGUCUGCGACGGAAGAGCUGAAGGACACGAGGCCAUCUGACAAUCGGACGGAACCUAAAGUGCCCACCAUUGUCCCCGUUUUGAAAGUGUCGGAUGCCAAACGUGCGUUUGAGAAUUCUGCCGCUGCUGCCCAGCAGCAUCGCAAUGUCAGCAGCAACACAACGUCUAGUCAACAUCAUAAUAGUCUACCGAGACGGACGCUCAUUCAAACUCCGGCUUCGUCCGUCAGCACGGAUGCUAUGCUACCCAAAACGUUGAAUCAACAACGUGCCGGCCAUGCCACUUCCAUUGCGUCUUUGUCGACUACCACCGCUACGUCAUCUAGCGGCAAAGACGUCAAUCAAGUGCAACCCGUGCAGGGAGUACAGCCGGGCGAGCAGGUAGUAGUGGGUGGACUCGGCGUUAAAAUUGGAGCCAUCGGCAAAGUCACGGAAAUCGGCAUGAAGGUGAAGACGGAGGAAAAUCACCAGUCCGCUAAUCGGGCAGCUCCCAAGGAUACGCCAACCAGUUCUGCACAAAAAGAAGAUAGCGAUGCUAAACCACAGCCGUCCAGCAACGAGAAAAAAGUGGAACAAUCGAGCGGAGAACAGGAGGUCAAAGCUAAUGAGCCAGUUGACCUUGCACCUUCCAAAGAGGUCCAGUCCCCAACGAAAGAGAAAAUUCCGAAAUCCGCCGACGAGGUUCCACCGCUUCCGGUUAAAGAUCAAGAACCACUUCCGGUUCCAAAUCAAGAACCGAAAGUGCAUGAAAUUCAGGUGACGUUAGACACGGGUGAAUCUGAGCCGAAAAUCGCUUCCAUGUUAGUUGCUUCCGUACCUACCCCACCGAAGGAUCCGCCAGCGGUCCGGCCCACCAGCCUCCCUACUGCCGUGACACCUGCCAAACCGACCAAAACGACGUUGCCAACGAACGAAAGGAUGACUUCUCCUCCGCCGAAAUCGAAUCGAGUGGCUUCGCCACCUCCGCAACCUGCGCACCGCAUCGCUUCACCUCCGCCCCGCCCCGCACGGAUCGCAUCACCGACUGCGGUUGUUAGCAAUAAACAAACGAGUGCAGUGGUCGUGUCUCCUCCCCCAGCCGAUCAAUCGCUUAAUCAAAGGCCUCCGUCCCCGGCCCCAACGCAGCCAUCGAGCCGGCCAAUGUCUCCUGUUUAUGCGUCGUCCGUUACGUCAACGGACAGGACGGACGAUGACUGCAUUGCCGGAUCUGAGAAUGCUUUUAUCCGCGGCAUCCGCAGUCCUACCCGAGACCAUCCGCCUGCCAUUCCGGCGUUGAGCAAGCGUUUCUCGAAAGGGCCUGGCGACAUGCCGCUCGAUGUUGGCAUGGUGAUGGUAGAGGCGAAACCCGUUCAAAAAGCUGAAAUUAACGUAGCUGUCAACGUUGCAUCGGCUAACCCGCGGGAGCGGAUCAUUCCCAUCCGCGUGGAGGGAAGGGGAGAAACACCGGCCGUUGGAGGAUUAGCCGCUUCGGACAGCAGUAAGGUUGUUGCUGUCAAACCGCUCAAUCCCAUUUCCGUCCAAGCGCGAGCCACACCGCCUCGGGUCGCUUCCCCACCGUUGACCCAACCCGCAAAACCCGUCCCCAUCCGCCCCAGUAGUGGAAAUCGUCAGGAAGCGAACGCGGGAUUGGCAGAGCCUAUUAAUCCCGAUAACAAAAAAGGGGUCCGUGAACCGGUGCGGGAAUCUGCCAGGGAACCCAUUCGCAAGUCCCCACGUGAAUUUAUUAUUCCUAUAACGAUAGAAGGCGUUGGUUCUAGUCUUCCGGCCACGACUGAAACUUCAUCCACUACAUCCUUGAGGACGAGUCGUUUCGAUAGGACCAAGCGCUACGGGAGUUUGUAUCACGACGGAGAAACGGAUGUCGACGUUACUCAAACAUCAACCGAUAUCGAUCAACCAUCCAGUUCGCUUCAUCACUUGCAGCGUUUGAGUUCCUUUAAAAAAUCACACGACGAGCCGGAAAGUGCUCGAGGGAGACGAGGCAGUGACAGUUCUAUCGAUGACGACAUCGAUGAUGAUGAUGACACGUUCCAAAUUCUAACGGCAGAGUCCCUUUUCUCGACGCUACUUUCACGGGUUCGACAGCUAACGAAAAGGAACCAACGAGCCGAUAAUCCCACAGAUCCAUUCGUCAUGUUCCGAAACUCAUCGCGAUUCACGAGCCCAGCGCCGAGCGGUGGCCGUUCGCGAGCAACUGACGUCACCGACAUCCACCGUGAGUUUGAAGAAGCUUCUCCGAGAUGCACGUCGCCCAACGUUCAUCACAAUAACAACAAUCGCAACAGCACCGGCUCUGAUCUGCUAACUGGAUCGGCUAAUAAUAAGGGUUUCUGGAACAACGUGUACUCCAGAGCUUCUUCCGUGGCUUCCGAAUCUGACGCUAGGAGGUAUUCGACUCUAGAUCCACCGCGUUUCUACACAGCCGAAACAUCUCAACAGGCAGCUGGACCUUCUUGGCGACGUGAGACGACGUCGGUCGACGGCGAGAGCAACUGCAGCAUCGCGUCGGCCUCCAUGUCUCCGCGAGUCCAACAACGUCACCUUGGGUCGGCUGAUGGAAGGAGUCUGUUGCAUGUUACGGAGCAUCGUCUUCUACCACCUGCAAGUUAUUGGUUCCGUCCCGAAUGUCGUCCGGAACAGGAGAGUAAAGCUGAUGUUGUACCUGCCAUGUCGUUCAACUGCUUCGUUCUAUCUCAACCGGCAGCCAGUACCGCUCAUAGCCCAGCUGUUAAUGGAGACGGAGAUGUCAGUAAUGCACCAACGUCCGGCCGGCCGUUCACUUCGUCUUUAACACGACGAAAACUCAAUCAACAUUUAAAAGAAACCAAUCCAGAGCUGGUGGCCCAACACAACACCAGUGACGCCAUGUCCGAUACAUCGACCACAUCUGGUGGCAAUCGUUCCAGCUUGUCGUGGGCCUUGUCGCGUUUCGCUGCAGAAACGAAAACCAACAGCCGGACAGUCAGAGAUCAACCGCAGUACAACCGGACGAAGAGUAGCCGCGAUUUGAACAACGAACCACAACAGCAACGAACGUAUCAGCGUUACGGCCGUUCGUCCACCUUAGACAACAUCGAUGCAGAUAGUUCAACAACAGCCCCGUCGUCUGCUUCUACAACGGGUUACUUCCAUCGGAUCGGGUCGCCUUUAUCGGAUGAGGAACAACCGAAUUCAUCGGGCAUUUCGACCCCGACCUCAUAUCGAACGUACACGAGGACCCGAAGUCGAGAGUUUAUGAGUCCCACGAGCAGUCGGGGUACGUCGCCCAUCCCGGCCAGCAAUCUAAACGCACCAUCCAUCGUUACGAAUGUCAGUAGUCCGGACGUAGCCCCGAUGAUGAACCCGAUUGUGCCCCAACUGAGCACCGUCUUGGAGAACGGGCCGUUGGGCGUUGAAGGGGACAACAGUCCGGGCCCGAAACGAGCGGCCGAAAGUAAAUUGGCUACCAUCACGAAUUUGAAUCCAACCAGUCCAGCUCCUGACAGUGCAGAUGCAACGAUUGAACGCAAAUCACGUCGGGUUUCACGAUUCCUACGACCCGAUUUCUACGACGCCCCGAAGGAAGAAACAAACGACAAACAGCGUUUCCUCAAAGCGGUCGAACAGCGUUGGGAAAAGUAUAAUCCGGACGCUGGAUUAGUGGCUUUAACUAAACCCACAUCUCAAUCAGCCGCUGCCGAACGGCCCAUCCCAAAAGAUCGGCCGACAUCCGCAUCUUUAAACCCGCCAACCCCAGUCCAACCCGUUUUGCAAGCCAGGCACAAUUUAACGCCUAUACCUGCCCCGACCCAACCCAACAUGUCGAUCCCGCCUCCCGGCAUCGCAUCGGUCGUCUUGAAACCGGUGCCCGAACCGGCCCAAAAGGACCCGUCUCCCAACAAUAAAAUUCAACAGCAAGUGGCUCUGAAAUCCGUCAGCAUGGAACCACAGCCUCCAGCUAAAUCCAAUGGCAAUAACUCAUCCAAGAACUCACCAAAGUUGACUGUCCGUCGCCAGUUUGAGCAUUUGAUCAACUUGGCGGCGGCCCAAUUUCAGCGCUCCUCAUCGCCCAACAAGGUCGCUCCGGCUGUGACUUCACAACCUGCUAUUUCUACUCCUACACCGCCUACCCCGGUUGUAUCGACCAGCAAUGCCCACCCCGACUCGGUGUCUUUGGAACUGAAACAGUUGGAAGACGAAAUCAAAAACACGGCGGCCAUCAAAGCCCAGGCGACGGCCAGAUUAGACGCGCUGAAAUACGAACUUGCCCUCAAGAGCGGAAUAGCCCCAGGCGGUCCGACUGGAAACCUCAAACCGGCCAUUCCGGUCAAACCUGUGUUUCUAGUAGCCAAACCCGUUGAAGACCUACCGCCGCUCCCCGCAGAACUGCCUAUUGUUCCACCUGAAUUCCAACCGUUCCAGUACAAGGGCACGAAUGGAACUCUGCGUGAAUUAUCGAAUCGCAGCAGCCGCAGAGACGCGUUUUCCCCACCUCCGCCGAACGAGAGCGGCCCACCUACCAUAUCACCGUUCGCCGAUGAGGCCGUCCGCUUUGCCCGCAUCAUCAAGCGCUUUGAACCGCAACCGCAACCGUACGACAACAGCUGGACCGCUGAUGGGAUGGACAAUGCGGCUGCUGCACCUGGAACACCGACCGACAGCUACGAAUCGUCGUCCGUCUGCUCGGAUUUACGCGACCAGAGAGCCGAUUCCGGCGAGGACGAAAGCGUCAGCGAGCGAAUCUUCCGCAAGAGUUUCUAUACGCGUUUCAACGAGCCGUCCAAGAUGAAACAUCGACGUUCCAUGAACAGAGAGCUGACUGCUGCUGCCGAAGGGACGGAAAGCGCUGAGUUGUCCGUCAGUGAUUCUCAACCGGCCAUCGCUCGAAGAUCCUCCCAGCACCGGAAGAGCAUCAAUGGACGGGACGAAUCGGCCGAGGCCGUUAUGGUGCGAAAAUUCUUGUCGGUGGACACUAGCGCCACCAGUGGCGGACAUUUUGAUCGCGAACGUCGUCUGUCCGCCUCUCGUAGGCAAACGCCAGCGCCUCCCGAUUUCUCUGAUGUCGAUGUCGUCCAUCCGAGGAGAUCGAUGUCCCGCGAGGUCUCUGUAGCCCGUUCGGUCAAAGCAGACGCACAGCCCCAACAGCCGCAGCAAGGUGUGACGAGCCCAACGCCCUCCGAGCCCGUAGAUCGACGUGAAGUGCGGCCGUACACGCGGACCUACUCGACUUCGCGAGCGUUUAGCGAUUUGCCACCUGCGGGCAAUUCCGAAUCAUAUUCGUCUGCUAGUUUGGGCCGUCGCAGUUAUUAUCCAGCGUCAUCGAAUGCGGAUCACAUUAGCAGCCUACCCCGGAGAUCCAGCAAUCGGUACAGCGUGCACGAGCAUGUUCCAGACGCCAACGUCCGUCUUCGCUCAACUGGAUCGUCGGCCAGCCGGCCGUCGCGGUACUCGUCUGUAUUGUUGGAAGAAAGCGGAAGCAGUAGUGUAGGCCAUCAGACGAGCAACGUUCUCUCUCCUAAUUCUACACGUCGCCACACGAGCGUGACAGAUUCGGGAUUCACGCGAAGAGAAUCGACUUUUUAUGGAACGCCUAGUCCCUUUUCAAGCCGGCCGUCAGGAGGAGGAGGAUCGGUAGCUGGAUCAUCAUCGACAUCUACUUAUUUUUUGCGUUCUACUAGCAGCGGAUUGGAUCAUCACAACAGCACAAAUCAGGGCGGAACGUAUUCGACCUUGCGGCCAUCGAUGUUGCGUCAUCGCCGAUGAAACAGUAGCAGAUUUUUUUUAACUCAUUCGCGUCGAUAUUAUAUCCUUGUUUUUUGGCUGCUUUCUUUUGUUUUGUUGUUAUAUCCCUUUUUGUGCUUUCUUAAUCCUUUAUUGCUUCCGCAUUUAAUUAAUAACCCGAGUUGAUGGUUGCAAUAGUAUGAAGAAAAACAUGUCGCACAUUGUUCUUGCUCCACCUGCAAUAAUGGUUGAUGCCUUUCGACUUUAAUUGCUGCCUAAAAAAUCAUGCGUAGAUCUGUUUUUGUUUUUUUUGAAACCCCCUUGCCAUCCCAUGUCAUUGAGCAUAACUGAGAUUGCGUGUAAUACUUUAUAUUAUUAGUGUUGAGGCAUACGAAUGUGUUUCAUGAUGGCUCCCUUUUUUUUUUCUUGGUUAUUGGCAUCAAUGUCGAUAGCACGUGAAACCCGUCCGUAUAAAUUGUUUUCAUCUCUUGUGUACCAAAAUGUUGGAUGUAUGUGUGUGUGGCCGUGAAAACAAAACAUGGCAUGCAAAAUACUACUCAAAAAGGAAUGCAAACGAAUGGAUAUCGUAUUGCUUACGGCCUAUCAGGCUUACGUACGUCGGAAUCAAAGCCAGUCCCUUCUUGUAAAGAUCACGAAAAAUGUUGGGCCAAUCGUGGAGGUAGAGAGAUUAAAAAUCACACGCAAUUGCUACGGUAGUUCGAUAAACGUGUUCGGGGUUGAUCACGAUGCGUGCCGAGUUGCAGCGUUUUUUUUAUUUGCUUGUCUCUCUUUGUGUGUGCGAGGGGCUGAGUGCGUGGAACUGCUGUAUUUACCUUGGCUGCGUAUAGAUUUCUAAGGCUUACGAAGAGUAUGCGAUAACGUUCAGUAUACAAAA